CUCAUCCCAAAUAACCAAUUGUUCCUUAACGCCUUCUUCCCCACAAACCCUUUACCCUCUCCAGGCAAUCCCAUCCUUCCUUUUAAUCCUCUCUCUCUGUUAUUUGACUAAUUUAUCUCUAACACCUUCCCCACCACACGCCUCCCCGCUUCCCCAACCUCUCUUUUCGGCCGCCGCACUGCUCAACUCUAAGCGGCAGAGAUGGAUUCCUCUUCAUCAUCGGUAGAGAGUUUCCCGAGCUUUUCCCCUUCCUCUCUGGACGUCGUGCGGAUUGGCUGUUGCUUCCCCUUCCUCCUCUGCAAUCUCCCGAGCGCUCCACCUCGUCAAAUCCGAGAAUUCGGAGUCCAAGGUCGAGGGAAAUCCACCGCCUCGCCAAGACCACGCAGUGGUGCCGCCGCCUGCUCGCUCACGUCGUUCCGCUACUUGUCUGCAUGCUCCGGGUGCGUGACUCCGCCGACUGCCACGAGGAAUCGACACAUUCAGGUGGAUUUCAAUUCCGAGGAAUCGGAGACAUCUAAUGGAUCGAAAGACCCCACCGUUUCCUGACCAUUCUAGCUCGGAAGAGUGGCUUGACUGACAAUUGAACCAUAAUCUAGAGGAUUACUUCGUCGAGGAAGAACUCCACCGUCGUAUUCAUGAGUUAAGGAGACGGGACCGACCAAAUUGGGG